AUGCCAAAGAAAUCAGCUUUCGGGAUGAUGAGGAUUGCGAUCGCAGGCGCCGGUGGCCUUGCAGCUUUGAUAACACGAGAGCUAUCUAGGAGUGCUCAUGCUAUUCUUGUACUCUCACGAGUGCACCACCCUGAGUUCGAAGCCGAAUAUGAAGAUUGUCAGGUCGCUAUUGUUGAUUACAAUGACCCAGGGUCUUUACAAUUUGCUCUCCAAGGGGUAGACCUAGUAAUCUCGACGAUUGCCGGAGUAGAACAACUAAAUCUCAUCGACGCCGCCAGACAAGCUCGAGUACACACCUUUGUGCCCUCCGAAUUCGAAGGGGCUCUAAGCCAUAGACCCCCACCCGAUAUCGACCCCUUUAACAACGGCUCCUCUGGCGCUCUAGAUCAACUACGACACUGGUCAUCAUCCAGGCAUUAUCCGAUGAAGUACACUGUCUUCUCAUGUGGCAUCUUUUACGAGCGCUUCGCCCCAGGUGGUCUUCGGGCUUACAAUAUGGGGGGUAGUUGUCGACUCUUUCACCAGGGUGACUACUUGGUUGACAUUGAGAUGGGUACAGCCGAACUGCCUCAAGUCAAUGCUCAAGGCCGUCCAAUUCAGAUCACCCUAACUUCCGCUGAGGACGUAGCACGUUUUGUAGCGGCAGCCGUCGAACUCGGUAUUGACAACUGGCCACGUGAGUUCAAGAUGCGCGGUGCACGUAUCACGCCCCAAAGGAUAGUCCAAUACUGCAGUGGGGUCAGACAAGUCGAAUUCAACGUGAUUAACAGGCCCUACUCCGAAGUAGUUGACUGGCUUGAAUAUUACCGAGAAAAUAACGACGAAGAAAGAUGGUUUCAAAUGCAGCAUGUCCUCCAGACAGCCAACGGUCGAUAUACUUUCAACGAUACUAACUUAAACGAGCUCGUUGACGUUGUGCCCAUGGAUUUUCGACAAUGGUUGUCCAGUGUCUGGGGCCCUGCACAAUAA